AUGGUCAUAAUUUCACGUAAAAAACCAGCUAGUUUAAUCGGUUCGGUUUUGAAAGAUUACCAUCUGAUUCCAAAAUUAGUCAAACUAGGUUUCAUUGAAUUACCUAACGUCACUAGACGCAACUCUUGGUCUGACGCAAUUUUUAGUUUGCCAUUUUUUAAUUUUUGGUUAAAAGGAUUUAGUAAUCUAGAAGUUCUUAAAUGUUCAAAUAAUCUAUUAACUGAUAUUGAUUUUACGGAUUUAAAUCCAGACAAAAUAAAAGAAAUUGAUCUAAAAAAUAAUAAACUUUCAGCCAGAAAGUUAACUUGCUUUAGUAAAUUUGUUAAUUUAGAAAGUAUAACGGUAGAUGGCAGUUUUCAUGGAAGUCUAGAGCCUUUGAAAAACUUAACUAAAUUAAAAUAUAUAACUAUUGCUGGUACAAAUAUUGACAGUGGCUUAGAACAUUUACCUGUUAGUGUAAUUAGUAUUAGUAUUAGUAUUUUUGGUGAGAGUUCGUAUUUGGAACGUGAAAAUUUAGGCUGUCAGAAAAUAUUUGCUCAAUUAAAAGAAUGUUUUUCAUUAACAUCUUAUACUAAUAAAAGAUAUAGUGAGAAUGAUGCUCUAGAAGCUUGGAAAUUAGAAGAAAUAUUUGAACAACAAAUAAAACCUUUAGAUUUAAAGAACAUAAUUCCACCAAAAAUCAAGGAGAAAAAAGCGGAUAUAAUUGAUAUUCUUCAUAGUGGAAAAGGCACUAGUGCUUACCUUCAUGAUGAGAUUAAAGAAAUGCGAAGGAAAUUAUCAGAUUAUAAAAAAUUAGAACAAUAUUUACAAGAAGCAAGAAAUCUAAAUAUUAAUUUGGAAGAAAUCAAGUUCAUUUGUAAAGAAGACAAAAACGAAAUUUAUAAAGGCGUUUAUAAAAGAUUAAAGAAUACUGAUGAAUAUAUAUCAAAGCUGUGUUGUUAUUUUGAAAAAUCGGAAACUAAGAUAUAUUAUUAUGAAAUCGCUCUUAAAGAGUUUGUUCAUGACACAGCGCUUUUUGAAUUGGUAAAACAUACUGUUGAAAUUCAAAAGCUAACUCAAAGAUUAUUAGGUCGCCGACACACUCCGGGUUCGAUUAAAAAAUAA